CGAUUGGGUGAGUCUGGUCUGGUUUCAUCUUCGUCUUCUUUCUUUCUUUGUUUGUUUGUUUGUUUGUUUUGUAUAAGCAAAGCAAGAAAGAAAGAAAGCAAGGAUGAAAUCCAAGGACAGAAUCUCUUACUUCUAUGAUGGAGAUGUGGGAAGUGUUUACUUUGGGCCGAACCAUCCGAUGAAACCUCAUCGGUUGUGUAUGACUCAUCACCUGGUUCUCUCCUAUGAUCUUCACAAGAAGAUGGAAAUCUAUCGGCCUCACAAGGCAUAUCCAGUUGAGCUUGCUCAAUUCCAUACAGCGGAUUAUGUUGAUUUCCUUCACCGUAUCACCCCCGACACCCAGCGUCUAUUCUCAAAUGAACUAGUCAAAUAUAAUCUUGGAGAAGAUUGUCCAGUCUUUGAAAAUUUAUUUGAGUUCUGUCAAAUUUAUGCUGGUGGAACAAUAGAUGCUGCUCGCAGGUUGAACAACCAACUUUGUGACAUUGCUAUAAAUUGGGCCGGUGGCCUACACCAUGCCAAGAAGUGCGAAGCAUCUGGGUUUUGCUAUAUAAAUGACCUGGUCUUGGGAAUCUUGGAGCUUUUAAAACAUCAUGCUCGUGUUUUGUAUAUUGAUAUCGAUGUGCAUCACGGUGAUGGUGUUGAAGAAGCCUUUUAUUUCACUGAUAGGGUGAUGACUGUUAGUUUUCACAAGUUUGGAGACAAGUUUUUUCCUGGAACCGGUGAUGUCAAGGAUUCAGGAGAGAGGGAAGGCAAGUUUUAUGCCAUUAAUGUUCCACUCAAGGAUGGAAUAGAUGACAAUAGCUUCACUCGUCUUUUCAAAACUAUUAUUUCCAAGGUUGUUGAAACGUAUCGACCAGGUGUCAUAGUCCUCCAGUGUGGAGCAGAUUCACUAGCUGGAGAUCGCUUAGGCUGCUUCAAUCUUUCCAUUGAUGGUCAUGCUGAGUGUGUUAAGUUUGUGAAGAAAUUCAACUUGCCCUUACUGGUUACUGGAGGUGGCGGAUACACAAAAGAGAAUGUUGCUCGGUGUUGGACUGUUGAAACUGGAGUUCUUCUAGACACAGAGCUUCCAAACGAGAUCCCCGACAACGAUUACAUUGAAUAUUUUGGGCCAGAAUAUUCAUUGAAGAUUCCACAUGGGCAUAUAAUAGAUAAUGCAAACACGAAAUCGUAUCUUAGUACAAUCAAAGUGCAGGUGUUGGAGAAUCUUCGUCACAUUCAACAUGCUCCUAGUGUACAAAUGCAAGAGGUUCCUCCGGACUUCUAUAUCCCUGAUUUUGAUGAAGAUGAGCAGAACCCAGACGAGCGAGUGGAUCAACAAACCCGGGACAAGCAAAUCCAGCGGGAGGACGAGUAUUAUGAAGGAGACAAUGAUCAUGAUCAGAACACUGAAGAUGUGUAAAGCUUUCCUUUUAUUGAAUUGUAGUAGUAGUGUAGGACUUUAGGGUGGGAUUGGAAUGGAUAGGACAUGUGUGCACAAAACAAAAUGAUAGUUGUUAUUCAUAUUUUGUCUUGCCCUAUAACUGUAAAAACUGAAUUGGUAGAGCUGAGGUUUAUCAUAUAUGUAAUUUUGUCUUCAAUGUACUAGUUAGAGAGAGAGAGAGAGAGAGAGAGAGAGAGAGAGAGAGAGAGAGAGAGGCAAGGACUAUCAUCUUGAUUUUUCUAUUAUGUGUAUGUUUUGUAAUGUUGUUAAAAUUGUUUCAUUUUCUUAAUUUUUUUUAAUGUCUCAAUUACUUGGAUCA